AUGAAUUAUUAGCUAAAUUUUGGCCCUAUGAAGAGUAUUUUGGAGUUUAUCUCUGAAUAUGAAGAGUUUGAAAUCUUGACCUUUGAUCAAGAUAUGAUAUUCAAUAAGCCUAUUGAGAAAAUACUAUGGGAUAGAAGAAAAACUUAUAAAAUUUUGAAGUAGCAUAAUAUUCCCAUGGCAACUCAUUACUUUGUAAACAGGAAAGAUACUCCUGAGAUGACUCAGGAUUAUCUAGAAAGCCUUGGAGAAUUUUAAAAACACAGAGGAGAAGAGCUUAUAAAGAAAGCUAAAUCAUGGAGAGAAUAGUUUUCAAAAGUUGCCGGAUAGGCAAGAUCCUCUCAAACAGAUGAAUUAUCUAAUUAAGGUCAGCAACUUAUCCCAAUGAACCCCUCUAUAACAGGACUGGGAAGUAUUAGUCCCUCACCUUCUUUCGAAGAAUUCAAGCUAUCAGACUAGGAAUCAAAGAAAAACUAUAGCUAAGCUGAUAAUAACGCAGGGCUAUCUGGAGAUGAUCAAGACUACAGUUUUGAAAAUCAUUAAUAAGAUGAACUGCUUUAUGAAGACUAAGAGGUUGGUAUUCAAGAGUAUGAAGACUAUUUAAUCAUAAACGGAAAGAGACUAGAUAAACCAUAUGUUGAAAAGCCAGUCAAUGCAGAGGAUCAUGAAGUUAUCAUCUACUAUAGUUCUCACAGUCCAUGUGGUGCUGGUUAUAAUGUUCUAUUUAGAAAAACUGGUAACUACUGUUCUCAAUUCUUUCCAACAUUAGAAGGUGCUUAGAUUAGAUAAAAAGGCUCUUAUAUAUACGAGGAAUUCCUGUCUACUGAUGGCUUUGAUAUCAAAGUUUAUACAGUCGGAGCAGACUACGCGCAUGCAGAGGCUAGAAAAUGUCCAACACUUGAUGGAAUAGUUCAAAGAGAUGAGAACGGGAAAGAAGUGAGAUACCCAGUAAACUUAACUUAGGGUGAAAAAGAAAUAGCUAGAAAAAUAGCAAUUGCUUUCAAGCAAGAAAUUUGUGGAUUUGACAUGCUGAGAUCAAAGGGACAAUCAUAUGUCUGUGAUGUCAAUGGCUUUGCAUUUGUGAAGACUUCUAAGAAAUUCUACUAAGACUGUGCAAACUAAAUUAGUAGAAUUAUUAUGAAGAAAUUAUUUAGGAACUGGAAUGAUCCUAAUCCUACUUAAGACUAGCAGCUGCUCGAUUAAAUUUAAUAGCAAGAGCAAAGACCAUACAGACCAUAGGAGAUAGGUACGUAUUUGAAAUCUAAAUGGGAGCUAAGAUCAGUUGUCGCUGUAUUUAGACAUGGCGACAGAACCCCUAAGUAAAAAAUGAAAAUGAGGACUAAAGAUGUUUGCUUCCUCAAAUUUUUUGAUAAUAGGCCCAAUUAGAAGAAGGAAGUUAAGUUAAAAAAUCCAAGGGAACUCUUGAAACUUUUGGAAAUGACUAAAAGAUUAGUCGAACAAAUAUUGAAGGAACAUGACCUUGUAGAAGAGUAUUAAGAAGAUGAGAGAGAAAAACUAGCUAAACUUAUUCAAUUAAGAAAUGUGCUAGAGAGGGACAGAUUUGAAGGAUUAAACAGAAAGGUAGGAUCAAUAACUCACAUAAACUUAUAGAUUUAACUUCGACCUCUGGUGUAUGAGACUGUUACAAACUCUAAAGGAGAACAAAUCGAGAAAGUUAUUGAAGCCUUGUUUAUUCUUAAGUGGGGAGGUGAACUCACUCAUGCUGGUGUUAAAUAAGCCAUUGAUUAUGGCACAAAGUUUAGAGAAACUAUGUACGAGGAUAAGUCUGGUGGAUUGCUAAGAUUACAUAGCACUUACAGACAUGAUCUAAAAUGUUAUACCUCAGAUGAGGGAAGAUGUUAAAAAACAGCUGCAGCUUUCUUGAAAGGACUACUUCAGCUAGAAGGAGCUUUAGCACCUAUUCUAGUUAUCAUGGUCCGUAAAGAUGAAGCAACUAAUUUAAUGCUUGAUGAUAAUUCCUCAGCUGAAAAGUUAAUGAAUGAUAUUAAGAAAAAGUUGACGGCUUUAAUGCAUUAAGAUAAGCCUUUACUAGAGGCAUUUUAAGAAAUGUUCAACAAUACCCCAAAGCAAUCCCUUUAGGAAAUUAUGAAAAGAUUAGGUAAUCCACUUAAAAGAAUGGACUAAAUGUUCAAUCUUAUUUAAGAAGUGACAGAAAGUUUGAAAAAGCGUCUCAAUGAAGAAACCGAGUAGUUGCAGGCUAAUUCUUAUUUAAUCACAUCACCUAACUUUGAGAAGGUAUUUAAUCUAAACUAUCAAUACAGCAACCUAGAAGAUAAAUAGACAGAUAGAAAUAUUCAAACUGACACUAACAGUGAAGAAAAUAAGGAUAAUCAUUCGAAUAAGCAUUUGAAUAUUCCUAAAUAGCAUCAAUAAUCCAAUAAGAAAAUUGAGAUUGUCAAGCAGGAAAUUCAAUAGAACCUAAUUAGAGAUGAUAAAUCAGUUGCAGGAUGCGAGGGAGAAUAAUAACUUUUGAUGUUUAAAAGAUGGAGAAAACUAGAAAAAGAUUUUAAGAAAAAAGAUAAUACAUAUGAUAUUAGUAAGAUCCCAGACAUAUGGGACAAUAUCAAGUAUGAUGUACUUCAUAAUCCUCAUAUGAUUGAUGACUCGAGAAAAGAGUUAUUUGACGUAGCAGAACUAAUGAGCUAGAUUAUCGUUCCUAUGGAAUAUGGUACUAAUGCUGAAGAGAAAUUAAAUAUCGGAUUCAAAAUAAUACACCUCUUACUCAAUAAGAUUCACCAUGAUUUACUUUGGUGGACCUCACCUGAAUGGGAAAAUAUGAAUCAUGAUUUCGUUGAUGAAUAUGAAAGUUGGGAAUAAAAAGGGCUAGAUUAAUCUAGGCUUGAAGGAUUGGUCAAGAGCCACUGGAGACAUAUGAGAACAAGACUCUAUUUCACUUCAGCUUCCCAUAUGUAUACGCUAUUGAAUACUCUGAAGCUAGGUCUCAAUUAAACUCUAAUUGAUCAGUCUAAUCUGAAGGACAAAGAGGCUUUAAAUAAUAUUACAACAAUUGAUUAUAUGUCUGGAAUAGUCUUCAGACUUUAUGAAAACCUCGGAUUGGAUGAAGAUGAUCCUGAUAGGUUUAAACUUGAGAUUAUGGUAAAUAGAGGAGCAGUUGUGGAAAAUUUCGGAGAGAACAUUGAGAAUCAUACAAUUCCUAUUAGCCAAGAAAAAUUCAUAGAUAUCAAUAAGAAAUUGACAUUCUAAGAUGUUGAUAAGUUCUUUAAAGAUCUCCUACUAUUCAAAAAUCUAGAGGAGUAGAACCUUGCAAAAGACAGUGAAAAUAGUCCUAAUAGCAUUGACGGCAGAGAUGAUAAAGUUAAAUCAAAUGGAGGAAGCCCCUUAUUAGAAUGA